GUGACCCCGGCGACCGGGGAUUGAAGUGCGUUUGUACACCAGUGGAGUUUUUCUUCCUGGGAAUUUGCAGAGAUCGUGCAAUGGAUUCAUUAAAUUUACCGAUCACUUAACUGCAUAUUCGACUAAUGAAAUGUGAAGUUUACAGUUGCAAUGCCUUGGAAUAUUGUUGGUUUUGAAGGCAGUGCUUGCCCGUAGGCUUGUUGUACUGGAUCCAAGAUGGCAGAUCCAACGGGGAUAUUUCCCGUUAGUUUGGAGCAAAAUAAACCCGAAGGGGAACGAGACAAGCGCCGGCGUCUCACCACCCUCAUGGAAUCGCUCCGUAGCCGCACAUCUCAACACAAGACAUGGGUAGAUUGCGUCAAGGCCGUGCGCACCGCCAUAUCGGACAAACGACACCAACCAGACGCUCUGGACAAAGGUCACCUGCAACGAUGUCUUGACUCACUGCAAAGAGCUAUCAAAGUUAUCAGCCAGCAGUCUCUGAUCGAGAGGCUGGAGACAGUAGCCAGACAGCUCAGCUUGAGUUCCAGCAUCCAACCUGGUCCAGAGCAGCACCUCAUCAUCUCCUCAGAUAUGUUCCAUGUCCAGAUCAUCUUUGACAAGGGCGGAGGGGUCAAAGAUGUCAAAGUCGCCCAUGGAGGAGAAGCAAAUAGUUGUCAAGAACUAGUGGAAGUAUUAAGCCGGAGAGAUUUUGUGGAGUUUGCAUCCCAUUUGGAAGGCUUACUGAAAAUAUAUCAAAUUGUUGGUGAUAAAAAAGUGAAAAGUAAAGCUUUUCUCUCUCUUCAAUCUUUGGAAUCAGAUCUCAACCUUCUUGCCCAGUUACAAAGCUCUAUCAAUGGUGUUGGAAACUAUAUACACAAGUCCCCUCUAGGAAUCCUGUUACCAAGGAAGGGAGGUUUGCCAAUGAAGCUAAUUUAUUUUGUAUCGCCCUAUGAUCUACUAGACAAGAAGAGCAAGUCUGCCCACGCCAUGACAGUGGAAGCCAUCACUGAGCACGGCUUGGGUCAGAGUGUGACCGUGUGUCUGGAGGCGGCCACACCUAACAAGCUGCAGACUAUGCCCCUCAUGACUGUCGUCAACAGAGAUGGGAAAGGCAUCCCGUCAUUUCAAGGCCUGACCCAUGUCAACAGUUUCACGUUCCCGGCCUGCUUUGUGCUGGAGCUGCCCGAGCCAAUCCCUCUGGCCCUGUCCAUGAUACAGAAGAUACAGUCACAUACAAAUAUGGACAUAGAGAAAAGUGCCGAUCCCAAACCCCUUUUGUCACUCAUAAUGGAAAAAUAUUCAAAUGGAAAAACUCUCAAUGAGAAAGAGCUCUUUGUGUCCUUGCCAGACCAGCAGCAUGUUUACUUCAUGAACAACGUGAACGGCAGCUCUCUGGACCAGCCUGGUGUCAUGGUGUCCCGCAUCCCGUUCACACAUCCCAUGAACGUCGCUCACAUCCUCAGUCAUCUACGUCAGCAGCUUGUCUUCAACACCGUCGUCAGCAGCUGCAUCAGACCCAACUCCAAGCAAGAUAUGGCAAAUGCUGUUGUGAUCGAGCUGACAACGAUCUCACUCCAACAGAUCUGUAUAACCAUGGAGCACCCUGUGUAUGACUCAAUGCUGAAUGUGGAGCUGGACCUGGGAGACAUCACAAGCCUCAAAUGUCGCCUGUCAUCAGGUCACACAGACCAGGUCCUCUGUACUGAUGACUUUGCUUCCAGGGUAUUCCAGAGAUGCCUGUCAAUCCCAAUCACUCUGAGGUCAAUCAUUAAGAAGGGUAGAGAGCAGCUGCAGAAGUUGCUUGAAGAAAGGCUGGCAGCGAUGAAGAUGGCCCUGUGGCAGCGCAACAACCGCCCCCAACCUACACAGACACCCAGUGUCCACACAAGGGGGAGACAACCAGUGUUCGUGAACCCUGCCCUGUCCCAGGUGCCCCAGCAGAUGGCCCCUAUGCAGCAAAUGCAACACCAAGUCUCUCAUCAUCAUAUGCCCCACCCCAUGGCUCACCAGAUGUCCCAUCACCAUCAUCAUCAACUGCAGCAGCAGCAGCAACAGCAUCAACUACAAGUCAACCAGCUGCCUCCACCUGCUCAAAUGACUGACAUGAGGGGUCCGAUGCAAGACAUGCGGGGACAGAUGCAAGAUGUGCGCAGUUCCAUUGCCGACCUCCUCUCACCCCCUUUGGACAAAAUUGGCAAUAAUCCUCUGUUGGCUGGACUUCUGGACCAGGAACACGAUGGCUCUAGUCAAGAAGUGAACGACAGCCCCAUGUUGUCCAAACUUUUAGAAGAUCAGACUACAGGUGCAGCUUCGUCUGCAGCUGCAGCUGCAGCAGCUGCUGCAGCAGUGGCAGGUUCUUUACCCAUGGCAAAUGCAACAAAACCAACAGCCCUUCAUAAACGUGUGCGCAAAAGACGUUCUACUUCUGACCAGCUAGGUCGGAGUCCAAAACAUAGACUGAGUGAUGGCGAGGGGAAUGAUAAGAUAACCACUAUAGACUUGGACUCGAGCUGUAGUCCAUUUGAUUCUAGUUUACAAAGCAGUUCUGGCCUGCCCCCUUCUGCAGGCCUGCAGUCCAUUAUUGACUUGACAGAAGAUUCGUUUGGGGAAUCAAAUCUGAAGAAACUUGCAGAUAGUAUGGACAGUUUGAUUCCAAAGGAUCAAAAGCAAGCAACAGAUAGUGAACUGACAGCAUUGUUGUCUGAUGGGGAUCCUGGGAGGAGUCUUUUAUCCAAAAAUUCAUCACCGGGUUCAAAAAACGAGAAUGCCUCUACCUCUCUUGAGGAUCUCCUCGCUGGGUCGGGAGAGGGAAACGAGGCUCUAGACCCAGCUUCUUCUCUCAGUAGUUCCUCUUCCAGUAUAGCGUCUGAUAAAAACAGUGGAAGAAAUGCUGCUUUUUUAGGCUUUAAGUCCAGCAGUCCCAGGCAGGACUCCAAAUCUCCCAUCUCCGCAAGUUUUCACAAGGAGGUUUUUAGCCCUGACCGUGAAAGGUCUGAUCCUCUACACAGUGCAAUGUUUGAUAGGACAGCAUUUGAUCUUCCUGAGACUAAGUACUCUGUUAAAACACCUCCAAUUAAGACUGAAUCCAGUACCUCGGAUAGGAGGGAGAUUACAGGUCUGUUUGAAAAGUUUGAAAAGUUAAAAAAUGAAAAUGUGGAACCAGUGGGUACAAGUAUUGUGAAAUCUGAGGAAGGGAAGGGGUUGAAGCUGAAGCUGCCAGCUCUGAGGCAUAGUGAUAGUCGUAGUGCACCUCAAGUCAGCAUGGAAUCUCUGUCCAGUAAAAGCCUUGGUAAACAGAGCAAUGUGGGUACAUUUGACUUUAAGAGUGAUGAGGAUGAGGAUGAACCUUUGCCAAGCCUCAGUGGCUCGGAGAGGUUAGCAGUGUAUGCAGCGUCACCUACCAGGCUGCAGAUUACUAACAAAUCAAAAAACUCUUACGAUACCUCGUCUCGUAGAAAGAGUGAAAAGUAUAAAAGGAAAGAGAGCAAAUAUGGCUCAAGUGGUGAAUCUGUGAAGCGGAAGAGAGGGAAGGAUGAAUCAAAGAAGGAGAGAAAGAAGCGGAAGUUGGGUGAGAGUAACCAGUAUUCUAGUGUGGCUGUGAAUAAAACUGUAUAUCAUGCUGCAACUGUGGAGAGUGAUCAAAAGUCAGUCACCAAGCUGAAAAUUAGAGUGUCCAAAGAGCCUUCUUUCAAGAUCGAGGAGGACACCUCCAAGAAGUCCUCCAAACACUCAUCCACUCCAGUGGUAGACAAGCUGAUUGUCUCCAAACAUGACUUGAAAGAUCCUGACAUAAUUUCAAGCCAUAAAUCACAGUCAUCCUCUCAAAAAAAGUCUUCAUCGCUCAUCAUCUUUAUCUCAGAGAUAGCAAGUCCAAAUCAAUCUCAGGGUAAUAGUGUUAGCAAGUCAGACCCUAAACUGGCAACUAAAACUACAAUCCGACUCAAACCACUCAAUAUUCCUAACUCAGGAUCUUCAGUAACUGUCCAAACUGACAAAAAGAGUCCCUCUGCUUUAAGCACAGCAAAGAGUCUUACAUCCACUAAAACGUCUGUGUCUAAUUCAUCACGACCUCAGACGCCCAUAGUUUCUAAAGUAUCUCUGUCACCCUCUCCAGUGAGGACACCAACAUCCUCCCCCUCCAAGCUUGCUUCCCAGUCCUCGGGCAAAUCAAGUUCGUCUAAAUCCCUUACAUCCUCCAAUCCUCUUCCAGUCUACCAAAACCUCCCACAUCACUCAGUUUGUCAAAAAAACCCUGUGUCAAACCUUUCUAAGUCACCUUCAGCUUCAAAUUCACCAAAAUCUGUCACCUCUGCUUCAACUAAAUCGUCAACACCCACCAGUAGUGCUAAAACUCCCACUACACCUGUCACUGCUAAAAAUCCUUCAAGUUCAUCUAAAAGUCAUUCAUCCAGUCCAGCAAGGCCAUCAAGUCAAAAUCCAAAGCUGUCUUCAUCUCAGACGUUACUCAAAUCCUCUUCUUCCUCCACCUCCUCAUCCUCAGGAUCUCCUAAAACCAGCACCAGCUCAUCCAAAUCUUCAAGCUCUAAUAGGUCAGUCAGUAGCAGCUCAAACAAAUCAUCAAAAACGCAAACAUCAAGCUCCUCUCGUCCUCAGUCUAGUUCAACAAAAUCUCAGAGCUCCAGCUUAACAAAGUCUAGUAGUAGCAGUAGUUCAUCAAAGGAUAAGAACACUUCAAAAACCUCCAGUAUGCCAAAAUCCUCCAAUGCUUCAAGUUCUAGCUCCAGCAAAAAUUCAUCUACCUCAGGUCCUUCCCUCCCAGCUGCCCUGUCCAUAGCUAGUUUCCUCCCAGAUGCGCCUACGGCAAGCAGUGUGGCUAGUCUUCCCCCAAUCCCCAAAUUAUCCUCUUCCUCCUCCUCUUCUAGCAGUGGAACUAGUCACAACAGCAACCCCAGUCAAGGCUCUGGAGCUUCUAGCUCCAAGGAUCUCUCCACCAAUACAUCAGGAGCUGCUCCCAACCCUGGGGGAACAAGUACCACCAGUGCAUCACACAGUUCUAAAGCCUUGGCAAGUAAUUCCAGUGCUAGUGCUACUAAAGUUUCCAGUGGCAGUGCUUCAGGGAAUACCAGUUCAAAAAGUAAUGCCACUGUAAAUAGCAAACCUGUUGAGUCCUCAAGUGCUUCAGAAGGUGCUGGUGGGAAUGGUUCCAGCUCGGGAUCUGGUGAUGCUGGUGCAAAUAAAGGCAAACUGCCUGCAGCCAGAUCAAGGAAGGGGUCCUUGUCUGCUGUGAUUGAUAAGCUGACUAAAUCGAGCACUACUUCUGUGCAUGUCAGUACAAUGACACCUGGGGAAGUUUUGGCCAAACAAGCUCGAGAGAAGGCCGAACAAGAGAACAGAGCUUUGGCUGAGCAAAGAGCAGCCCGCUCUGACAAUAAGGCUCAAGAUCAUGUGUUAAAUAGUGCAAAGACAGAGCGAGAUAAAGGCGAUUCUGGUGAUAACCGGAACCGGAUAGAUUCUCAAAACAAAAGGAAUAUGUCAGUGGGAUCGUCAAAUAAGGAUUCGCCCAAAGUGUUAUCUUCUGUGAAUAAUAAAGUGAGUCGUAAUGAAAUGAUAAAACUGGGGCAAAAUUCAUCUCCGCUAAACAAGGUGGUUACAUCCGAAAACAAUUCAGUGUCUUCUUCACCUAGGACGAACAGUUUGGGUUCCUCUAGAUCUGUUGGAAGGGCCAGUCCCGUGAAUAAGGAGGCCCUGAAAAAUAGAGACAGCCCAGUGGGUCGGGCUAGUCCUGGAGGCAAGUCAAGCCCUGGGAUUAAAGAUAGUCCUGGCAGGCAAAGUGCUUCAACAAACUCUGUUCUUGAUGGAAAGGAUAAAGUCAAUGCCUUUUCAAAGGAUGAUAAUAGAAACAGAAGACAGUCUGUGGAGAGUGGGAGAAGUGGGUCUCCAGUGACAGGGAAUAAGCCUGUGGGAAAUGUGUCAAAUAAUAAAAAGUCUGAACUCUCAGAUAAAGGCAGCAUUAAAGGGGGCAGUGUCUCUCCUUUGACGAUUCAGAAUGUGCAAAAUGUAGGUGUGGAGAAGCGAAGUCCUUCGCAAAAACAUUGCACUUCGCCUCUUGUGUUCAACAAUACUAAAUUCAAUGGAGAAAGUUCCAGAGAAAAGACUCCUAACAAGGAGGAGCGAGAAGCAUUCAAAGUGCCGACACCCAAAGCUUCCACUCCUGAGACUCGCGAUAUGGACGAGCUAGAGUGUUUGCCACGAAAAAAGCAACGAGUAAACAAGAACGUGUCCAGCCCUCAUAGUGAUGCAAGUAGUCCCGAAAAUGGGCUUGUUAUAGAUUGUCCGGGGACGCCUAAGAUCAAUAGCAACGGGGCAUCUCCUAUGUCAGUUCUUGAAAGUCCAGUAAAAGAUGCACCAGCUCCUCUACCACCCACUGAUGGUAAACAGACUCCUGUGAAAUCCUCUACUGUGUCAAGUUCUCCUAAAUCCAAAGUGCAUCAGUCACCACGCCCAAGCCAAAGCCCUGCGGGGGUCAAGGUCACGAGUAAUUCCGAGACCCCAGGGAGUGGCGAUACCCGUCACUCCCCUUGUGAAAUAGACGAUGAACUCAUGGAUGAAGCUUUAAUGGGGCUGAAUAGCUGAUGAUUGUGUUUUAGUUGGGAAAUAGGAAAACCACAAAUUGUCCAUUUUGACCACUAGGGUCAGAACAGUUAUGGGAUAUGGCCCUACUGAGUUAAUUUCAUUCAUUUAUGGAUUUCCUUUCAAUUAAGAAUCAUUGUCAAACUAGCCUCAACAUUCCUAAACAGAAACUUUCAAAUGGUAAGACUUGGAAUCUUUUUUGUAAUUCUUACGCUGUUCAACAAACCUUAUUAUGGGUAGUUCUGGGGAGGGUUUAUUUUCAUGAAGCCAAAGAUAAAAAGUUUUGUUUGGAAUAUUAAGGUUUCACCCUUCCUUACGAAGUAAUUCCGUACAGUGAAAGGAUUCUGAAUUAUCGAUUUGUAUUACAUUUUCGAUAGUUAUUAAGUAGGGAAAGGGAAUUUUUGUCGUCCAAAAUGUACCACAAGCUCUGUGUCCCAGGGUGCCGUUGUAUGAAACGAUCUUUGGGCUAAGGUGAUCGUAACUCCCAUAUCUUAACAUAGACUUCCGACUGUCGUAGCACUACGGUUGCUUUGUACAACAGCACCAAGGUCUGUAAGUAAUUGAUAUUCAUUUUUCACUUGUAUGAGGUGUGGUUUUCUUUGAGUAGGUGUAAUUAAACUGACAUGCAAAGCCAAACUGGUGUCCUUCAUGGAAAUGACACAGCUGCCAGAUAAGCUGAUACCUUUGCCAAAAUCUCUUCCUUGUUCCUCGUAAUGUAUGAAUGCAUUAUGGGCUACAAAGUGAUCAUAGUGCUUCAACUGGUGUGACCUCGACACAUGAACAUAGACUUUAAUCUGUCGCAGCUCUCAGAGCAGAUCACUCUGGGUCCUGAAUGUUUGCUGAUGUUAGGAUUUCUUCCGGUGCGACACUGGUCUUUUGUUAUGGAGAAGAGACGGUGUUGCUUUGGAAACAAAAUUGACAGAUUCUCAGAGAUUGAAUCAUGAAAGAAUUGGAAAUUUGUGUGCAAAUGUUGCCAGCCAAAAUUGUGUUUGAAGGUAUUAUUUUGUAGGGUUCAUGAAAUGUUGGUUCCAUUCCUCAAAGCGAUCUUACCAUUCAGAUGUUCAUAACUGCCAUGUACUUUAACACGGGCUUGCAGUAGUCAUGGUGCUAAGGCUGCUUUGUUGAAUAGGCUCCUGGUGUCUUUUUAACCCUGAUAGGGAAUAAAUGGACUGAUUUAAACCUUCAUUUGCAUAAGUCUAUACUUACAGUAUUGUUCUAAUGACUGAGAAAGAAGGUUAAUAAAAAAAUUUAUUUUCCAUUUUAAAAUGUAUGUUUUUAUCUUAUUUGAGGUCAGUAAAAAGAUAUUUGUAUGAAUUAUUUUAUUUUUUCUCCAGCUGUGGAAUAUUUGUUACAAAAUGUGGCACUCGAGCAAAACAGGGCUUGUUGAGAGGGCAAAAAUUAAUAUAUAUGAUCAGGGCUAGCUGUUUGUUUCAUUAAAAUAUGACACAUAUUUAGGGGCUCGGAUUUGAAAAGAUGUCACAUUUUGGAUCACAUUCACGGCUGAUGAAUCUCUGAGUAUCAUCCGCGCAUACACACACAUUCUUUUCUCCUAAAGUAGAGACCAGUGUCCCAGACUGAGAGGUCUGUCCUUACAUCGUGUGCCCAUAAGCUGACUGUUGAUAAUUUGUUACUUUUGUGUUGCUUUCUGAAGUCACGACUUUGUAUAAGUUAUUGUACUUGUUUCCUAGACACAUCAACUUUCUCAGGGUUGUAUCUCCAUGAUAAUGUGUGUUGCUUGUCACUCUGUUGUUGUAAUAUGUUACGUCUUUGGACACGCAACCGGAAACUAUUUCCCUAUCAACUUCUUUGUGAAAAGCCAAAAUCUCAACUGACUAAUGUAAUCAUGAGUAUAGGGUUUUUAUAGUGAUGAUUUGUGCUCACCUAGGCUGUGGAGUUGUGUUAAUGGCCUCUUUGUCAGAUGUCUGUGUGAAGAUGACACUUGUCGCUUUGUUAUCAUGAUGCAGAAGUUUGUUCAGGAUUUAGUGUAAAUCAUGAAAUUGAUGUGUCACUAAAUUAAUGAGUGUCUACUCUGGCAUUAAGUGUGUCAUGGAGUUAUCAUGAAUAAUGUGACUGUCCCUGUCUUUGAACUUUAGAAACUAAUCAGCAGAAUUAAACCACUCUUGAUGCAGAACUUGAAUGUAGCAUGCGGUUACACAGAGAUGCCAACCUCUACGAUUUUAUCAUCGUCGCUACGAAUUUUAGCCUCAAACGACACCAAUACGAUUGCACUAGAAAUUCUACGGAAAAUUUGAAGAAUAUUAUUUAAAUU